AUGGCCUCGCAUAGCAGAAGUAUACGAGCCUCUUCGUCUCUCGCAAUCGACAUCACUCUCAAAGGACCCGACAGGCGCUUAACCCCGGAAAGCGACACCGCUACCGACUCGGCCACGCCCACCAUGACAGCCAUCGACCUCAUCACCCCGGCGGCGGUGGCACCCGCUACUCCCAACAAGCGGGCCCCGGGCUUCGACGGCGAUAUCCUCCUCAUCACCUCGCCGCGGCCACCCACGCAGAAGUGGAUUGACCACGUUGAGGCCAAGUUCCCAGGCCUGCGUGUCAUCUACCGCGAGCUGCAAUGGGGCAAUCUGCUCGCGGCUGAUGCCCUGACCAAGGACGACUGGCGCUCGGUCACAGUCCUUGUCACGACGGGCUUCUCGCUGCCAAAGAACCCGGCGGACGUACCGAAGCUGCGCUACGUACAGCUCUUCAGCGCCGGCGCCAACAUGAUUCUCAAGGAGCCGCUGUUCACAGACACAGAUAUUGUCUUUGCGACGGCCAAUGGUGUCCAUGGACCCCAAAUCACGGAAUGGAUCAUUGCCACGUUCUUGGCAUUCAACCACCAGAUCCCCAGGUACCUGGAUCAGCAGAAGGAGGCCACCUGGAAGCGGCCUGAUGUUGUCACCGAAGAUGCCCUGACCCAGAGAGUCCAUACAACAUCCAAAUGCGAAGUAGUGUCCCCCGCUGAUCCCACCAACCCCAGAGGCAUUCUUGGCUACGGUAGCAUCGGGCGCCAGACGGCCCGCGUCGCCACCGCUCUCGGCAUGGAGGUUUAUGCCUACACGCUGCACCCGCGCGAUACGCCGGAGUCGCGCCGUGACGAUGGCUUUGCGCCGCCCGGCACUGGCGAUCCGGAAGGCAUUUAUCCUACCAAGUGGUUCUCGGGUGCCACCCGCGAGGACCGCCACGCUUUCCUGUCGUCCGGCAUCGACCUACUCGUUGUCGCUACUCCGCUCACUGAUGACACUACGCACCUGCUCGGCGCGGAGGAGCUGCGCCUGCUGGGCAGCACCCGCGACGACGGCACCUGGCGGCCAGGCUUCCUGAGCAACAUUGCGCGUGGUCCUAUUGUCGAGACAGACGCGCUGAUUGAGGCGCUCGACAAGGGCGUUAUCCGGGGCGCCGCCCUCGACGUUACGGACCCGGAACCGCUUCCUGCUGGUCACCGGCUAUGGGGUGCUAAGAACAUCAUCAUCACGCCGCAUAUCAGCGGCGUCUCUACCAAGUAUGACGAGCGUGUGCUGCAGAUCCUCGAAGGCAACCUGCAGCGUUUGAUCGACGGACGGCCACUGGCCAACCGGGUGAGCCGCAAAGAUGGAUACUAG